AUGUUUACGUCAAGGGAGGGAGUUACUCUUGACUCGAUAGCUGCUCCUUUGAGACGCUGGCUUCUCAACCCCGUACUCACAGUACCAGCAGCUCUCGUUCUAUCGGGCUUUGCUACAGCCACUCCAAACACAGACUCCAUCAAGUUCCUUGUUCCGGUGUGCGCAUUGGUCUUGGCUGGUGUUCUUCUGUCUCUUAACGACUACCUGGACAAGCAAUUUGCCAACAACUGGGUAUCGGACAACACGUGGAACUGGGACGAGGAGAUUGUUGUUGUCACAGGAGGAAGUGUUGGCAUCGGCGCCAGCAUCUGCGACCAGCUCCUCGCGCGAAACUCGAGAACACGAAUUGUAGUUAUCGACUACGCUCCGCUAGGAUGGCAGCCCAAGCAAGAAGAGACUCGUCUGUCAUAUUACCAGUGCGAUCUGAGCGACUCAAAUGCCCUGAGAUCCACAUGCGAGCGCAUCAGAAGUGAGGUCGGCCAUCCCACCGUGUUAUUCAACAAUGCAGGCUUGGUCCGCGGAGUAUCCAUCAUGGACGGGUCGUAUGGCGAUAUCGAGGCGACGGUGAGGACGAAUCUCAUUGCCCCUAUGCUUCUCGCCAAGGAAUUUUUGCCAGAGAUGGUCAAAAGGGACCACGGGCAUAUCCUACAUACGGGCAGCUUGAGUUGUGUAACACCGCCAGCCUUGAUCGCGGAUUAUGCAGCGACCAAGGCUGGGUUGCUAGCACUGCAUAAGGCCCUUCAGCUAGAGCUCAAAAAUAUCCAUAACGCGCCUCGUGUACGACUUACAAUCGGCAUCUUCUCCUUCAUCCGCACAGCCCUCAUUAGUGGCCAUACGAAUGUGCCAAAUUUCCUUUUGCCGCUGCUGCACGUUGAUACCGUGGGCGAGGCGAUGGUGAGCGCCGUGUACAGCGGCUAUGGGUCGACCAUCUAUUUGCCUGGCUUCAACAGAGUAGCAUCAACUCUAAGAGGGGGCCCCGAAUGGUUCUUCCGAAUUCUUCGAGAGGCCACGGCCAACUUCCGAAUCAAUUUUCGAGGCCGGCAUGAAGUCGACUCGCAGACGGGCAAAAUCCUAAAGGCGUAG